GGGUGUCUCCAGGCGCAGCCAAUCGCAAGCCCCGGCGCUCGCUCCCACUCCCUGCUCCGCAGCGGCCGCGCCGCGUGUGACCCUGCAGACUGCGGUAGCUGGUUUGUGGCGCUUGUCUCGGCCAUGCCGUUCCUGGAGCUAGACACCAGCCUCCCGGCCGCUCAGCUGCCCCAGGGCUUAGCCGGCAAGCUGUGCGCGGCCGCCGCUGCGAUCCUGAGCAAGCCCGAGGAGAGGAUAAACGUCACUGUGAAGAGCGACUUGCCCAUGGUGGUUGGCGGCUCCGCAGCGCCCUGCGCUCAGCUUCUUGUCUCAUCCAUCGCAGUGGUGGGAACCGCGGAGCAGAACAGAGGGCACAGUGCCAAGUUCUUUGAGUUCCUUACCAAGGAGCUGGGGCUCGGUGCAGACAGGAUUCUGAUCCGUUUUUAUCCACUGGAACCUUGGCAGAUUGGCAAGAAAGGAACUGUCAUGACUUUCUUAUGAUCUCUUCAAGAAACCCAUUAAAAAGAAACCCUUGUGGAGGGCACAACCCCAGGAUGGCCAGCUCUACCUGUUUGUUUCUACGCAAGAUCUGAUAUGUAUCCUUCUACACCUCCACUCAUGUAGUUCCUUUCUGUUUCUGCUUCCUGUGUGCACACAGCUCCAAAGCGGGGCUUACCAGCCAAACUCUUUGACAGUAACAGUUGGAAGUCUUUGUCUCACACCUGUCUUGUGGGCCAGAGACAAUGCAGUUACCUAUGAUCUCAAACAAAACUUGAAUCGUGAGGUUUGUGUAGCUGGGAGUUUGUUUUGUCAUCAGCAGCGUCAUGAUGGCCUUCCUUAUUUGGAUCCAGUUAAUCCAAGUUUUGUAGUCUUUUCCUUUAGCAGUGAACAGUUCUUUAUUUCUGUUGCGUGGUUGGCAUCAUUGAUAACUGACUGGGGAGGUUCUCCAGUUUUGUUCAGCCUGAGGGCUGCUUUGCAAGAGAAAGACAGAUCCUGUCAUGUGCUAACCUUUUCUCUUCCUUGUGAAAUUCUGUCUGUUCUAGGAGUCCAUGGGCCAUAGCUUGAGAGUUUAUGGGCUUAACUUUACCACCAGAUAGAAUGCUGAUUGGGACCAUGUCCCUGUAGACUCUUCUACACCAGAAGUCACUAAAUGUUGCUCAUUAGUCUGGCAAUAGGCACUAAACUAAUUC